ACCCACAAAAGCCGUGACUUGACCUUUACUACUACUACCGGUUUCACUCUACCAUCACCACCACCUCUACCACCAUCUUCUCUUCUUCGCUCCAACUUAAAGCCCCUCCGGUUUUAUCUGUGCACAUCUCACACGAUUCUCGUUUCUGUUUCUCUCUCUGUGACCUCGUUUUCAUAACACGAGCAUUUAUUGUCUCGGGAACCAAACAUUGUGUGAAACAACCUGCUAGCUGUUUCAUUGACCUUAUGGUAGUUUCGUUUUCUUUGCACUAUGGCCACUUCAGGUGUUGGUAGUUAUAGAAAUGGCAAUCAUAGCAGCAGGAACUCUCUCAGCAAUAACAGCAAAGUGGAUAGACCUCUCUCUUUAAACUCAAAUCCGAAGAAUUCUUUUAAAUCCAAGUCCUUGCCGACUUCGGGGCUCCGGAAAAGCGCUCCUGGUUCUCUUGGAGGUGCUUCCGGAGCCGCCAAGGAUGGUACUGGAGUUCCUGGAAGAGUAAGAGUAGCUGUGAGAUUGCGGCCACGAAAUGCAGAGGAAAUGGUGGCAGAUGCUGAUUUUGGUGAUUGCGUAGAAUUACAGCCGGAGCUUAAAAGGUUGAAACUGCGGAAAAACAACUGGGACUCGGAUACCUAUGAGUUUGAUGAAUUGCUCACUGAGUUUGCUUCACAAAAACGUGUUUAUGAGGUUGUGGCAAAGCCCGUUGUAGAGAGUGUUUUGGACGGAUAUAACGGCACAGUCAUGGCGUAUGGGCAGACUGGUACUGGUAAGACAUAUACUCUUGGACGACUUGGAGAGGAAGAUACAGCUGCUCGUGGGAUAAUGGUUCGGGCUAUGGAGGAUAUACUGUCAGAUGUUUCCUUGGAGACAGAUUCUGUGUCUGUCUCCUAUUUACAGUUAUAUAUGGAGACCAUACAGGACCUCCUUGAUCCAUCUAAUGAUAACAUUGCUAUCGUGGAAGACCCAAAGACUGGAGAUGUUUCAGUACCCGGAGCUAGCCUAGUAGAAAUUAGAGAUCAGGAGAGUUUUUUGGAACUAUUACGGUUAGGGGAAGCACACAGAUUUGCUGCUAAUACAAAAUUGAAUACUGAAUCUUCUCGUAGUCAUGCUAUUCUAAUGGUAAAUGUAAAGAGGUCUAUCAAGGGAAGAGAUUCUACUCUUUCAAGUGAAAAUGGUAAUGGCCCUCACAUGGUUAAAAGUUUGAAACCUCCUGUUGUUCGGAAAGGCAAGCUUGUUGUGGUAGAUCUUGCUGGCUCAGAACGUAUUGACAAGUCAGGAAGCGAGGGACAUACACUAGAGGAAGCCAAAUCUAUCAAUCUCUCCUUGAGUGCACUAGGGAAGUGCAUUAACGCACUGGCAGAAAAUAGUCCCCAUGUCCCAGUUCGUGAUUCAAAGCUUACUAGGUUGCUUCGAGAUUCAUUUGGAGGGACAGCGAGAACUUCAUUGGUUAUUACUAUUGGUCCAUCCCCACGCCAUCGAGGAGAGACAGCAAGUACUAUAAUGUUUGGACAAAGGGCAAUGAAGGUGGAAAAUAUGUUGAAAUUGAAGGAGGAAUUUGAUUACAAAAGUUUGGCUAGACGGCUAGAUAUACAAUUGGACAAAGUCAUAGCAGAACAUGAAAGGCAGCAAAAAGCAUUUGAGGUGGAAAUCGAAAGAAUAACUGUAGAAGCACAAAAUCAGAUUUCUGAGGUUGAAAAGAGCUAUGCAGAUGCAUUGGAGAAAGAAAGAGUGAAAUAUCAAAAAGAGUAUAUGGAUUCAAUAAAGAAACUGGAAGAAAAGUGGAAGAUGAACCGGCAAAAGCAUACUAAUGAUGAAAACAAGCCUGGAGGAAAAGAUGCCAGUUCUGAUGAGAAAUCUAAGGGAGAGGAUUGCAGGGUUGCUGCUGUGGAGGAACUUGCUGAGGUAAAAAAAUUGCUUCACAAAGAAACACUCUUAAGGAAGGCUUCCGAGGAGGAAGUUGAUAAUCUUAAAAGUCAGUUGGCUCAAUCAAAGAAGUCAGAGGCAUCAGGAAAUUCUGAGAUUUUAAAGCUUCGAAAGAUGCUGGAAGAUGAGGUGCACCAGAAAGAAAAACUUGAGGGGGAAAUAGCACUACUACAAAGUCAGUUGUUACAAUUGAGUUUUGAGGCUGAUGAGACAAGAAGAAGACUUGAUAGAGGCGGUUCUGAAAAAAUUCUUGGUGGCCUAGAUUCUCAAAUGUCUCAAUUUAAGCAUCCACAGCUCAAUGAUUCAGGAAAUGGGGAGAAGGCCUCUGUAGCUAAACUCUUUGAACAAGUUGGGUUGCAAAAGAUUUUGUCAUUGCUUGAAGCAGAAGAUGCUGAUGUGCGAAUUCAUGCAGUGAAAGUCAUAGCAAAUCUAGCAGCUGAAGAAGCAAAUCAAGAGAAGAUUGUAGAAGCUGGUGGUCUUACAUCACUGUUGACACUCUUAAGCAGCUGUGAAGAUGAAACUGUACAUCGAGUUGCAGCAGGUGCCAUUGCCAAUCUUGCAAUGAAUGAAACCAACCAAGAGCUUAUAAUGGCUCAAGGGGGAAUUCGUUUAUUAUCCAUUACAGCAGCCAAUGCUGAGGAUCCUCAAACCCUUCGAAUGGUUGCUGGAGCCAUCGCUAACCUUUGUGGCAACGAUAAGUUGCAAAUGAAACUAAGAGGUGAAGGUGGCAUUAAGGCUUUACUAGGAAUGGUGAGAUGCAGGCAUCCUGAUGUCCUUGCACAAGUUGCUCGUGGAAUAGCGAAUUUUGCAAAAUGCGAGUCAAGAGCAUCAACUCAAGGAAAUAAGAAUGGGAAGUCUCUUCUGAUUGAGGAUGGUGCACUUCCAUGGAUUGUACAAAAUGCAAACAAUGAAGCCUCACAAAUCAAGCGGCAUAUAGAGCUUGCACUCUGCCACUUAGCACAACAUGAAGUAAAUGCAAAAGACAUGAUUAGUGGAGGUGCACUUUGGGAACUGGUUCGCAUCUCGCGAGACUGUUCAAGGGAUGAUAUAAGAACUCUUGCACAUCGAACCCUAACUUCUAGCCUUACAUUUCAAUCAGAAUUGAGGCGGCUACGUAUAAAUUAUUGAUGAACUUAUGCAGAUGGCAUUGGAUUUGAAGAUUUAGAGAAGAGCAUAUCAACUUUAAUUAGUUUAUUAUUGAUUGUUUCUCCCUGCUAACAAGAGCAAGCAAGAAUACUAUGUGCUAUAUUCUUGUUGAAAUUUUGUUAUUAAUUAUUAGGGCUGUGAUUUUGAGUCCCCUGAAGAGGUUGAGUACAUAGAGAAAAAAGAAAAAAAAAAGCCUCAGGUUUGUGAUAAAUUACUGUUUCCAAAUUAUAACACUAGUGAGUCCAUCCCUGUAUUAGCUUGUAGCUAGUUAGUGUAUAAGUUUGUUUGUAUAUGAAAUGAAUAGGGGAAAACACUAACAUUCAAGCAUUUAUUGUAAAGUUCAAAAACAGAAAAAAAAAACAUUUAGAUUGAAUAUGUUGGCCAUUGUUAUGUAAUGCAUACUUUUACUCCAGAGCAA